AUGAAUCUCGGCAACGGCAAGGGAUCCACUUCCAGUUCUCCUCUGAAAACCGGCGACGCCGUCUCCGACCAGUUUCCGGCGGGUCUCCGCGUGCUGGUGGUGGAUGAUGACCCCACUUGCCUUAUGAUCCUUGAGAGGAUGCUGCGUGCGUGUCUCUAUGAAGUGACGAAAUGCAAGCGGGCUGAGGUUGCAUUGUCACUUCUGAGAGAGAACAAAAACGGGUUUGAUAUUGUUUUAAGCGAUGUGCAUAUGCCAGAUAUGGAUGGAUUUAAGCUUUUGGAGCAUAUUGGGUUGGAGAUGGACCUUCCGGUUAUUAUGAUGUCAGCUGAUGAUGGAAAAAGUGUUGUGAUGAAAGGGGUGACGCACGGUGCGUGUGAUUAUCUGAUUAAACCUGUGCGAAUUGAGGCUUUGAAGAACAUAUGGCAGCAUGUUAUUCGGAAGAGAAAGAAUGGGUUGAAAGAUGUGGAGCAAUCGGGUAGUGUUGAAGAAGGAGAUCGGCUUCUAAAGGGAUGUGAUGAUGGAGAUUACUCGUCUUCAGUGAAUGAAAACAAAACCUCCAAGAAGAGGAGGGAUGAGGAGGAGGAAGGAGAUGAGAGGGAUGAUUCCUCCACGUUGAAGAAGCCGCGAGUUGUUUGGUCUGUUGAGCUUCAUCAGCAGUUUAUGGCUGCUGUGAAUCAACUUGGAAUUGAUAAGGCGGUUCCUAAAAAGAUUUUGGAAUUGAUGAAUGUUCCUGGGCUCACUAGAGAAAAUGUUGCUAGCCACCUCCAGAAAUACCGUUUGUAUCUUCGAAGACUGAGUGGAGUUUCACAGCAGCAGGGUAACUUGAACAACUCCUUCAUCAGCUCACAAGAUGCAACAUUUGGGGCAACCUCAAUCACUGGAAUUGAUCUUCAAACUCUUUCAGUUGCUGGCCAGCUUCCGGCACAAAGUCUGGCCAAGCUUCAAGCCGCAGGACUUGGCAGGACAACUGCUAAAGCUGGUGUGUCUAUGCCUCUAUCUGAUCAACAGAACCUUUUUAGUUUUGAGAACCCACGAUUAAGAUUUGCAGAAAGGUCACUACAUCAUUUAAGCAACAGUAAACCAAUAAACUUGCUUCAUGGAAUUCCUACCAACAUGGAGCCAAAACAACUUAUCAAUUUGCACCAAUCUACCCAAACCCUUGGUAACUUGAACAUGCGAGUCAAUGCUCCUGCUGCGCAGAACAACCCCUUGUUGAUGCAGAUGGCGCAGUCUCAACCAAGAGCUCAGAUGCGAAGUGAAAAUGCUGAUUCUCAUGUAACCAGGUUUCCAUCAUCUUUGGUGCAGCCUAUAGUACCAAAUGAUAUUUCUAAUGGUGUUUUGGGAAAUGGGAUUACUGGAACCAGCAACAUAACCACUGCUUAUAAUACAGUUUCACAAAACUCUUCAUUGUUGAGUUUUCCUAUGAACCAAACCAAUGAAAUGUCUGUUAGUAGUUUUCCUCGUAGAAGCACUCCAAGUCUAACUAGUAUCCCAACUAAAGGCAUGUUUCAUGAAGAAGGUACCUCUGAUAUUAAAGGACCUGGUGGAUUUGUUCCAAGUUAUGAUAUGUUUAAUGAACUCCACCAUCAAAAGUCCCAUGAUUGGGACUUAACAAACACAGGCAUAACAUAUGAUUCUUCUCAGCAUGCAAAUCCUUUACAAGGCAACAUUGAUGUCUCACCAUCAGUUUUAGUCCAUCAGGGUUUUCCCUCUAUGCAACAGUCUGUACGAACUAGAGAUACUACUUCAAUUGGAAAAGCUAUGUUCUCCACAGGGGAAGGCAUACAAGGUAAUCUCCAAAAUGUUGGUCAACACCUCAAUAACCCUGUUGACAAUUCCGUAAGGGUUAAGGCUGAAAGAUUUCCUGAUCCAAGCUCUCAGAUUAAUAACCUUUUCUCUGAUCAGUAUGGUCAUGAGGAUCUUGUCACUGCAUUUCUGAAACAGCAAGAAGGAGUUGGACCGUCUGAUAACGAGUUAGACUUUGAUGGAUAUUCCUUAGAUAACAUUCCGGUUUAG